UUUGACGAAAAUGCAUAUUAGUUUUAGUCUAGUUUUAGUCAUUUUUAUCCUUCUUAGUUUUAGUCUAGUUUUAGUCGACGAAAACAAAUUACAUUUUAGUCUAGUUUUAGUCGACGAAAACAAAUUACAUUUUAGUCUAGUUUUAGUCACAUUUAAUAGCCACAUUAUCUUCCCUUCUCAGGUCCAGGGACCCCCUGUGUUGUGUCUACAACUGCGUACUAGUCUAGCUUGCAGUACUUAGGUUGUCCAUUAGAUGUCCCUCCUAUAGGUCUAUAGCAGGUGUCGGCAACCUUUACUAUCAAAAGAGUCAUUUUGCCCCCUCUUCCCCCAAAUAAAAUUUGUCUGGAGCCGCAAAACAUAUUUGAUAACAAAGCUGAUAACAUUUUAUAUAAAGUUAUACUAUACUAAUCUGUAGAUUAUUGCAUUUAUGAAAUUAUAGAACAACGAUAAAGAAAACUGUUGACAUUUUAGUUAUUUUUACCUGUUACAGCAAAGGGAAACACCAAAUGCUUAUGAAGAGGAGAAGAAAAUACACAGGCAAGUGUAGGCCUACUUUGAAAUAAAUUAAACGCAGAACUACGUAGGGUUAUUUGAGUCAUCCCCAUAUUUGUGGGAAAUGUAUGAAAUAAGAAGUACCCUAUUUUGAAAUAAAUAAAAACAUAUAGCUGCAGCCUAUAUAUUUUAGUUGGCGUUGGCGAAAUUUGAAAACAAAAAUUGAAAGCAGAUCAGACUGGAGGCGGACACAGAAGCUGGAGCUCGGUAGAAACCAGCUGCAGCUUCUGCUCUGAUCCAGAAGCUGCGGCGCUGAUCUCAGAGCAGCUGAGACCAGAGGAACUCUGUGUUUUCACUGUUUCCAUAGUUAAGAAGCAGCAGGUGAGUCAGUGACCGGCCUGCCUCAUGUGAACGAGUUCUACUCUGAGCGAGUGUGCGGGGCCAGGGGGCGGAUUCUCGGGACCGGUGCGGUGUCUGGCAGCAGACACACACACACAGACACACACACUCGCUGCUCCGGGUACUUCAUGACGGCCUGAUACGAUUAUGUUUUUAAAAAUUGUUGUGACUUAGUCAACCGCCAACAUUUUCGUUUCGUCUCGUUAACGAAAAUUAAAAUAGAUUUCGUCAUAGUAUUUAUUUUCAAAGAUCCAUUUCGUUGCGUCUUCGUCUCGUCUUAGUCAUGGGAAAAGGGGCGUUAACGAAUAUUUUUCGUUAUCGUUAUCGUCAACAAAAUUAACACUGCAUCACCGAUGUGGUUUUCAAGUGGAAAUUCCUGCAGAUACAAAACGAGGCUGUUCAGACGGAGCACGCUGGACAGAACAGGGCCGCCGGUUGUCAGGGUCCAACACACCGAGCCGGCUGACUACUUGGGGGCGGACCAUCCUCCACUGCAGCGUCUUGGGCUUCUACCCUCAGAAAGUGAAGAUUCACUUUUAAAAUAUCUGGCACCACCUGCUGCAUCAAUUGACGAGGAACAGCCAAGCACCUCAGCUGUGCCAGCAUCCUCAGAACCACUGCAAGGAACUUCAGACACGCGUGUUGUAUCUCUUUCUGAUUGCACCACUGAUUCCACAGAUUCCACACAUACUCUUCUUAGACUCAGCAAGCAAACAGACGCUCCACUAUCAACCGAUCCUGUUGACUGGCCUGCACAUCUCACAAACACAAUAAGGACAGAAUUUGUUCGGAGAGGACCAAAUCAGGUGGAGGCCAAACAGGGCAGUAGCGACGACACGGCCAUGAACGGCAUCCGCCUCAUCUGCGCCAAAGACGAGCGACGGAGCUCCACGUCCACUGUGGAGUCUCACACUGGCUUCUGGGGCGACUGGUCCCACCCUCAGUACUGCCCCAGUGGCGUGCUCAUCGCUUUCCAGCUCCGCGUGGAGGGCCGUCAGGGUGGCGGUGACGACACCGCCGUCAACAACAUCAGGUUCCGCUGCAGCAGUGACCACGUGCUGGAGGGCCCCGGCCUGGACUGGGGGAAUUACGAAAGAUGGAGCCAGGUUUGUGUCAACGGAGGAAUUUGCGGCAUCGAGACCAAGGUGGAGGACCGACAGGGGGGAGGGGACGACACCGCCCUCAACGACGUGCGCUUCCAUUGCUGUGCCGGAGCCUAGCAGCAAUUUAUAGGUUAGCAGCAUGGUCCCCUCACCUGUGAUUGGUAUGUGAGCAGCUUGGUCCGCCCCUCCUCCGUCAACCUGAAUUAAACAAUGACAAAUAAUAAAGUGCUCAUUUGAAUCGC